AUGUCCACGCCAAUCAGUAAGAAAGUCAAGAAGACCUCUCAGACGCGGUCCUCGAAGGCCGGCCUUCAAUUCCCCGUUGGCCGUAUCCAUCGCUUCCUGCGAAAAGGCGGCUAUGCUGAUCGUGUGGGCGCCGGCGCCCCGGUCUACAUGGCGGCCGUCAUGGAGUAUUUGACCGCCGAGGUUCUGGAGCUCGCCGGCAACGCCGCGCGGGACAACAAGAAGUCGAGGAUUAUCCCGCGCCACAUCCAGCUUGCCGUGCGCAACGACGAAGAGUUGAACAAGCUUCUCGGCAGCGUCACCAUCGCUUCGGGCGGCGUCAUUCCUAACAUUCAUACCGUCCUCAUGCCCCGUAAGAAGUCGAAGUCAGACCCUUCGCAGGAGGUGUGAACAGUUUUCUAAUUCACUUGCCGAACGCGCCUUGCGCGCAAGGGAUACGGUUGUACAGGAUGUGACUGCUCAUUUCUCAAAUUAAAUUGUCUCUGGUUGUGUACUUUUA